AUGGCUGUUGCUGCUAGAGCAUUCUCUAAAUUGACAGUAAGAAGAUCAAGCAGUCUCUUGGCUUCACAAGUGAGAUUCAAUUAUACAGAGACGAGAAAAAAUUUGAAAAUUGAUUCUAAUACUAAAGUAAUAUGCCAAGGGUUUACUGGUAAACAAGGAACAUUUCAUUGUCAACAAGCCAUAGAUUAUGGAACUAAAGUUGUUGGUGGUGUUAGCCCAAAAAAAGCUGGCACUGAACAUUUGGGUAAGCCAGUAUUCAAGACAGUUAAGGAGGCAAAGGAAGCUACUGGAGCCACAGCUUCUGUAAUUUAUGUUCCACCUCCAGCAGCUGCUGCUGCAAUUAUGGAAGCACUUGAUGCUGAGAUGCCCUUAAUUGUAUGUAUUACUGAAGGUAUUCCUCAACACGAUAUGGUUAAAGUUAAACGGCGGUUAUUAGAACAAAAUAAAUCACGUUUGAUUGGGCCAAAUUGUCCUGGAAUCAUUGCACCAGAACAAUGUAAAAUUGGAAUCAUGCCGGGCCAUAUUCAUCAAAAAGGAAAAAUCGGUAUUGUUUCAAGAUCAGGAACUUUAACUUACGAAGCUGUGAACCAAACGACACUUACUGGUCUCGGGCAAUCACUUUGCGUUGGUAUUGGAGGUGAUCCAUUCAACGGCACUGACUUUAUUGACUGCUUGGAAGUAUUCAUCAAUGAUCCGGCUACUUCUGGAAUUAUCAUGAUCGGAGAAAUUGGAGGCAGUGCUGAAGAAUCAGCUGCUGAAUACCUUAUUCAGCAUAACAGUGGCUCAAAUGCUAAACCUGUGGUAUCGUUUAUUGCCGGAGUUACCGCACCACCUGGACGUAGAAUGGGUCACGCUGGAGCUAUUAUUUCAGGAGGCAAAGGAGGGGCUCAAGACAAAAUAAACGCACUUGAAAAGGCUGGCGUUAUUGUAACGAGAAGUCCCGCUCAAAUGGGUCGUGAAUUAUUAAAAGAAAUGACACGUCUUGGUCUUCACUCAUCUUAA